CAUACAUAUAUAUAUAUAUUAUACCAAUACACAAUGGCAUCACUAUCAAGAUAUGAAGGAUGGAUGAACAAGACUGGUUGGAAGAAGGGCAGUGGUCUUGGCAGAAAUGAAGAUGGUGAUGUCAACUUUGUACAGCCACAGAAGAAGAAUAAUACACAAGGUGUUGGCAAUGCCAAGUUUAGAUGGGAUGAGUUGUGGUGGGACAACGUGUACGCGAGCACUUCAAAGAAGAUAGGUGGUGAUGCUGCAGAUAAUAGUCUAUUCGAAUCAAAGGAUGAUGUUAAAGAGGAGGAAGAGGAUGAGGAAGAGGAAGAGGGGGUGGAGAUAAAGAAGGAUAAUAGGGAUACAAAGAAUAAGAAAGAUAAGAAGAAGGACAAGAAAUUAUCGAAUAAGAAGAAGGAAGAUGAGAAGGUAGAGGAGAAGAUAGAGCCAGUGAAGAAGCCUUUGGUACAUGGUCAGUUCACAAAGUCAAAGGUACAGACAUUCGAUUCAUUCGAUGAUGAUGAGGAUGAAGUAGUUGUCAAUGAUGUACAAAAGACAGAGCAGAAACAGGAGCAUCAACAAGUACAACAACAACAGCAAUUGGAGCAAACAAAGAAACAACAACAACAACAACCAAUCAAGGUCAAUGGAAAGGUAUCGGAUAUGACAGACGAUGUGUUUGAGGCUUGCAAAGGAAGAGUGCUGAGGAAAUACGUACCAACUGGCAAAUUGGCCAGGCUGAAACAACAAGAGGAGAACUUCAAGAAUGGCAAGGCUAAUCAAUCAAGUGACAACAACAACAAGUCAAAGGAGGAGCAAGAUAAGAAGAUAGAGGUCGUCAAGGUUGCCACCUCGCCAGACAAGUCCAUCGAGGACAAGCCAAUCAAGAAGGAGAAGAAGAAGGAAGAGAAGAAGGAGAUCAAAGAGGAGGAGGACACAAAGAAGAAGAAGAGAAAGGAUAGAGAUGCCGAGAAAGAGGACGAUAAUGACAAGAAGCUGAAGAAGAAGAAGAGUAGCAAGAAGGAAGUAAAG